GGAAACCGCGGGGUACCUAGCCAUUUAAGCAGCACGGUUCAAAGAAGUCGAACCUCCUCCCUUUGUUUGUGCUACCAAGCUGCGAUGCAACGACAUUGCACUGCACUAUUAUAUAACGUGGCUCAGAUAUCUUGAAAGUUUGAAUGCUAGCAACCUCCGGAGGAGCUCUUCCAGUCCGAGUGGACCGGCGAACGCCCCACAAGGCUCCCGGCCGGUCACGGCACGAUGCAUUAGCGCACCGACAAUUUCUCCGCUAGCGCAUCAUCCGGUAUGACAUUAAGUUUUGCGGCCGCUUAGGCGGUGGGCUUGUAACAUAGCAGCUCAGUUCAGUCUUAACGGGUUUCUCUGCUCUGUAUCCCAUCAGGUUGUAACGCCGAAAAAAGGAUUUAUCAACAGUUACCCAAUGGAGCCGAAAUGUCGCUGAGCGACCACCCUCGAGUGUAUGGCACCGCCGCGCUGGCGGUAGCCUUCAUUGCCGGCAUUUUCGCGACCUUGGGCUUCAAGGACCUCUAUCCGGAGCUGGAGGCACGGUACCAAGGGCGGAGGAAACGCCCGCGGCGGGGCAGCAUGCUCUUCGGCCCUGUCAAGCUCGAAGACCGGGAGGAGUCGUUUAUGAGCAGCUCGGCCCGCGGGAAUGGGAUUGUCGACGGCAUUGAGGGCACCAUCGGCAACACGCCCCUCAUCAAGAUCCGCAGCCUCUCGGAAGCAACAGGCUGCACAAUCCUUGCCAAGGCCGAGUUCCUCAACGGCGCGGGCGGCAGCCCCAAGGACCGCGUCGCGCUCAACAUGAUCCAGGUGGCCGAGGAGCAAGGGCUCCUCUCACCGGGCCGGGGCGACACCAUCUACGAGGGCACGGUCGGCAGCACGGGCAUCUCCCUCGCCGUGCUGGCCCGCGCGCGCGGCUAUAAGGCGCACAUCUGCAUGCCCGACGACAUGGCCAUCGAGAAGUCGGACCUGCUGCACCACCUCGGCGCAACGGUAGAGCGUGUGGCCGUGGCGCCCAUCACCGACCCCGGCCACUUCGUCAACCUCGCCCGGUCCCGCGCCAAGGAGCACACGGCAGCCUCCGACACGCCCUCGCGGGGGUUCUUCGCCGACCAGUUCGAAUCCAUGGCCAACUACACGGCCCACAUGAAGACCACCGGCCCGGAGAUCUACGCCCAGACCGAGGGGCGAUUGGACGCCUUCGUCGCCGGGGCGGGCACGGGCGGCACCAUCGCCGGCGUGACCAAGUACCUCAAGGAGGAGCGCAAACUGACGGCGCUAAAGGUGGUGCUCGCCGAUCCGCAGGGCAGCGGCCUGUACAACAAGAUCCGGCACGGCGUCAUGUACUCGCCCACCGAGCGGGAGGGCACGCGGCGGCGACAGCAGGUGGACACGAUGGUGGAGGGCAUCGGAAUCAACCGCAUCACCGAGAACUUCGAGGUCGGGAGGGGCCUGAUUGACGACGCGGUCAAGGUCACGGACGAGCAGGCGUGUCGGAUGGCGCGGUGGCUGGUGGAGCACGACGGCAUCUUCGUCGGAAGCAGCAGUGCGGUGAACUGUGUCGCUGCCGUGGUGACGGCCCUCAAGAUGCCCAGGGGCAGCCAGGUGGUGACCAUCCUGUGCGAUUCGGGAACGAGGCAUCUGAGCAAGUUCUGGAAGCACAUUGCCGCGAUGGGGCUGGAAGACGAGACGCAGGAACAGGGCGAAGACCUGCUUGCUGCAUUGGGCCUCCAGAAUCUCAAGAGGUAGCAACGUGGGCAAGGACUCUUGAAUGGUUGAAUGGCUUGGACCUUGGACUGAUACCCAGAUCGCUCAAUGUACGUAUCGACUCCUGUUCCAUCAUUGCCGCGUCAGCUUGAUAUGCGAAUACGUCCAUGAUAUUGAGGCGUAUCCAGGAAGCGUCAGUGGGUAUCGGUAUCCUCUGGGUGCCAAAGCACCUUGCCCCUCCCAUCUAUGAUACAGGCUGUCUUGCUUGCUUCUCUAGAAUUAGGGGUAGAAUCCCUACUCUCAACGAGCGCAGCGCAACAUCCCGCUGCAUUUGGUUAUUGCACAGACGAGCACACAAAACGUUCCUUUCCCUAAAC